CCUGCAUGCAUAGCUGACACGCCACCUACUGCAAAAGCCAGCUGCCAGCGCGGGCAGGGCUGCCAGCAUUUCCAUUCCACACCAGACUGGGGCUGAAUAAAGACGUGUCUGUGUGGCCGUGAUUCCUUCUCAAAAUUCUCAAAGCCAAACAGAACAAGCUGCAGCAGCAUCUUCAAAAAUGGAGCGUAAAAUAAACAGAAGAGAGAAAGAAAAGGAGUGCGAGGGGAAACACAACAGUACGGAAGAUGCCGACCAGGGAAAGAACUGCAAAUCUACUCUGAUGACCCUCAACGUUGGUGGCUACUUGUACAUUACUCAAAAGCAAACACUGACCAAGUACCCAGACACUCUCCUGGAAGGUAUAGUAAACGGGAAGAUCCUGUGUCCCUUCGAUGCUGACGGUCAUUAUUUCAUAGACAGGGACGGGCUCCUCUUUAGGCAUGUCCUCAACUUCCUCCGAAAUGGAGAGCUCCUACUACCUGAAGGCUUUCGAGAAAAUCAGCUUCUCGCCCAAGAGGCAGAAUUCUUUCAGCUCAAAGGACUGGCAGAAGAAGUGAAGUCCAGGUGGGAGAAAGAACAGUUAUCUCCCAGGGAGACUACUUUCUUGGAAAUAACAGAUAACCACGAUCGCUCCCAAGGACUGAGGAUCUUCUGUAAUGCUCCUGAUUUCAUAGCAAAAAUAAAAUCUCGCAUUGUUCUGGUGUCCAAAAGCAGGCUGGAUGGAUUCCCAGAAGAGUUUUCAAUAUCAUCUAAUAUCAUUCAGUUUAAAUACUUCAUAAAGUCUGAAAAUGGCACUCGACUUGUACUAAAGGAAGACAACACCUUUGUCUGCACCUUGGAAACUCUAAAGUUUGAAGCUAUCAUGAUGGCUUUAAAGUGUGGUUUUAGACUGCUGACUAGCCUGGAUUGUUCCAAAGGGUCAAUUGUCCACAGCGAUGCACUUCAUUUUAUCAAGUAAUUAAUUACCUGUGCCUCAAACAAAGCAACAAGCAUGCAGCCAGCAAGCUUCGGAUAACCGCAGCAUCCAAGGCAUCCCAAACAACGUGCCCAGCUCGCUCUGUGUGUCCGACAGAGCCCCGCUGCUAGUCAAGGACUGUAAGCUAACGGUAUGUAAAUCCUGUCGCUAAUGAUGUCCUUCUCUGGGUGUCCUGCUGAUGAA